ACCUGAGGUGUACCCGAAGCCGCUCCUCAUGCCCACGAUAGAGCCCGAGCACCAUGUUCCAGUCAAGACCUACGACCAGAUCAACUCCUCCAGCACCCCACACACCUUCGACGCGCCCAAAAUGUACGACAAUAAACUUUACGACACCUCUAAAGCUUACGACAAGCUCUACGUGGCGAAGGAGUACGAUAAGCUGCCGCUAGAUCAGAUGGACACACCCGCCUACGACAGCCAUGAGGUUAAGUCCUACGGCAAAAUGUACGCGUCUAAACCGCACUUGGAGUCGCAUUUAGACGAAGGUUCGUACGAGAAGUGCUACGAGAAAACCUACAAGACCCUGGAGACGUUGGACUCGACGUCGUACGACAGGUCGUACGACUCGAAGGUGAUCGAGCCGGUGGACUCGACCACCUACGAGAAGACGGUUCAGACGCUGGACACCCCGGCCGCCGUCCCGGAAAGGCCAGAGAAAGCCGCCUCACACGGCUCCAGCGGAAGUAAAAAGGACGAGAACACGAAGGACGCCAGCGACACCGAUCCCAACAAGAAACCCCCCUACUCCUACGUCGCCCUCAUAGCUAUGGCCAUCAAGGAGAGCCCUGAGAGAAAGUUGCAGCUGAGUGAAAUCUACCAGUGGAUCGCCACCAAGUUUCCCUUCUACGCCCAGCAGAACGCCAAGGAGAAGCAGGGCUGGAAGAACUCCAUCAGACACAACCUGAGCCUGAACGAGUGCUUCGUCAAGAUCCCCAGAGAGGGAGGCGGAGGCGGUGGCAAAGGAAAUUACUGGACGCUAGACCCGCAGCACGAGGACAUGUUCGAGCACGGGAACUACAAGCGUCGUCGGAGGAUGAAGCGACCUAACAACAUGUACCGCCACGCCUACACCUAUCCUGACUACCUUGGGCUCACCUCCAGGGCUUUCUUCCCGCCCUCUCCGAGCGGGAGCUGGGGCCUGGGCCAGAUGCAGGGCGGCUACACCCAGAACCACCGGGGCCACACCCCGCACUCCUACACCUACCCACAGAUGAACCAGCUCCAAGGUCAGAUGCAGCUGAGCGGUGGGUAUCAGCAGCUAGGCAGCUCCCUAGGCUCGGCUACACUAGGAUCAGCGCAAUUGUCCUCAGGAGCGCUGACAACAGGUCUCCCCAGCCACUUAAGCGGAGGGCUCCUGGGGGGAUCUUCGCCUUCUAUAUCCUCCCCUGGGACCACCCCAGGGUCUCUGGGGUCUGCUCCUCCGUUAUGGACUUCCGGCUCGGGGUCUAGCCUCUCCUCUGGGCUUGGGGCUGGCGGUUUCCUGGGCUCUAGCAGUGGUCUGGGAUCGCCCGCUACAACGCCACUUCAACCCUCAUUUGGUGGAGGCGGCGGCGGCGGGUACGGAGCGGGUCUGAGCGCGUGUCGGCGCCAGGGGGAGACGCCUAACACCACCCAGCUCACCUCUCUCUCCUACUACCCCUACUGGCCGGACUCCAAGCUCUAACAAACAGAUUAUGUGCUUAUGUACACUAUGGUGGAGGCUAAGAUGUACUCUGCAGCGGAGGCUAAGAUGUACACUGCAAUGAAGGCAGUUUACGCUACAGCAAAGGCUAAAAUAUACGCGGCAGUGGCGGCUUUGAUGUACAAGGCUGUUGAGGCUAAACUGUACACUGCGGUGAAAGCUGUAUGCUGCAAUGGAGGCUACGAUGUACACUCCUUCCCCUGGAGGCUAAGAUGUACACUCCUUCCCCUGGAGGCUAAGAUGUACACUCCUUCCCCUGGAGGCUAAGAUGUACACUCCUUCCCCUGGAGGCUAAGAUGUACACUCCUUCCCCUGGAGGCUAAGAUGUACAAUCUAAGAUGUACAAUCUGAAGGGCAAGAGAGGAACACCGAGGGAUGCCUGUCAAUAACAAAUGUUGGCCAUAGUAGACGUUUCGAAGUGUAAUCGAGAUGGCGAGCGGGUCUGACAGCUGGUUGGGUGCACCAUCUGAUCAGAUGGUGAUGGUAGAUACAACUGCUGAUCAGGUGAAGCUGGUGACGAGUGAAAAUGACAGCUGUUCAAGUGAAGGUAGUGAUGAGUGAACAUGACAGCUGAUUAGGUGCAGGUGGUAAUGAGUGAACAUGUCAGCUGAUCAGGUGCAGGUGGUAAUGAGUGAACAUGACAGCUGAUCAGGUGCAGGUGGUGAUGAGUGACCAUGACAGCUGGUUAGGUAGAGCUGGCACCUCCACAUCCUCACAUAUUACCCAUAAAAGUACUGUACUGGUAAUGUGAUAUUUUGAUCCACUUGGUCGCUUGCACAGACUUGGCGACCGGCCCAAAGACAAAAAAAUCCUAAAUUAUUUAUUAAUCACAAUUAAAACUAAUUUAACAGCCAAUUGUAAUCCAGUGCAGUGAUUACCUUUUUCUUCAGUAUGAAUUAUCCGUGAAAGUAAUGAUAUGCACGUAGAGUUUAUGGCCUUGUGAAAUACAUCCAAUUUGUUUUUCCAGUGCAGUAACCUGCAACACAAAAUUUGAACCGUGAACAAUGUUAAUGUCAUAGACGAAAGAAAGGGCGAUGGCAAAUUACGAAAAGCCUUUUGCAGUAUUCCUAAAUAUGCCCGAAAAUAACCUCAUGUCCAAGACCUGUCCAAAUGUAGAAAUAAUUGAGAAAGGUGCUGUGUUUGAGCUGAACCCUCAGCUACACGCUCUCUAGUUCAAGACUUGAUAAAUAUUCUGUCAAACACACUGAAUAGAAAAGUUAGCUAUACUGAAUUUAUAUAUAUACAGUAUAUGUGUGUGCCUUAGGUACAGUGCCUUGAUCUAUGACAGAAUGAGCCACUUAUAUUCACCCUUAUGGGCAGUACUGUGAAAACAUUGUAACUGUUGUUCAUUACUGUUAGCGAAGAGCAGUGACCUGACAUGUUCUUCAUCACUGUUAGGGAAGAGCAGUGACCUGACAUGUUCUUCAUCACUGUUAGUGAAGAGCAGUGACCUGACAUGUUCUUCAUCACUGUUAGUGAGGAACAAUGAUCUCUGACCUGUUAGUCUGUACUCGGUUCAUUAGCUGCCUUAUUAGUCAAAUUUGCCAUUCAAAUUAUGUAGCCUCCUGUGGUGGUAUUAUGUAGCCUCCUGUGGUGGCACUAUGUGGUCUCCUGUGGUGGUACUAUGUGGUCUCCUGUGGUGGCACUAUGUGGUCUCCUGUGGUGGUACUAUGUGGUCUCCUGUGGUGGCACUAUGUGGUCUCCUGUGGUGGUACUAUGUGGUCUCCUGUGGUGGCACUAUGUGGUCUCCUGUGGUGGCACUAUGUGGUCUCCUGUGGUGGUAUUAUGUAGCCUCCUGUGGUGGCACUAUGUGGUCUCCUGUGGUGGCACUAUGUGGUCUCCUGUGGUGGCACUAUGUGGUCUCCUGUGGUGGUACUAUGUGGUCUCCUGUGGUGGCACUAUGUGGUCUCCUGUGGUGGUAUUAUGUAGCCUCCUGUGGUGGCACUAUGUGGUCUCCUGUGGUGGUACUAUGUGGUCUCCUGUGGUGGCACUAUGUGGUCUCCUGUGGUGGUACUAUGUGGUCUCCUGUGGUGGCACUAUGUGGUCUCCUGUGGUGGUACUAUGUGGUCUCCUGUGGUGGCACUAUGUGGUCUCCUGUGGUGGUAUUAUGUAGCCUCCUGUGGUGGCACUAUGUAGUCUCCUGUGGUGGCACUAUGUGGUCUCCUGUGGUGGUACUAUGUGGUCUCCUGUGGCGGUACUAUGUGGUCUCCUGUGGCGAUACUAUGUGGUCUCCUGUGGUGGCACUAUGUGGUCUCCUGUGGUGGUACUAUGUGGUCUCCUGUGGUGGCACUAUGUGGUUUCCUGUGGUGGUAUUAUGUAGCCUCCUGUGGUGGCACUAUGUGGUCUCCUGUGGUGGCACUAUGUGGUCUCAUGUGGUGGCACUAUGUGGUCUCCUGUGGUGGUACUAUGUGGUCUCCUGUGGUGGUACUAUGUGGUCUCCUGUGGCGGUACUAUGUGGUCUCCUGUGGUGGUACUAUGUGGUCUCCUAUGAAAGUACUGUUUGAUCUAUGUGGUCUCAUGUUAUGGUACUGUGUUGUCUCAUGUGGUGGUACUAUGUGGUCUCACAUGACAGUACUGUGUAGCCCAAUUUGACGGUACUACAUAGUCCAUGUGGUGAUACUUGUAGUAUCAUGUGUUGCUGCUAUGUGGUCUCACGUGUUGGUACUAUUUGGUCUCAUGUGGUGGUACUGUGUGGUCUCAUGUGGUCGUAUUGUGUCCUCUCAUGAGGUGGUAAUGUGCAAACCCAUGUGGAGGGACUGUGUAGUCCCAUGUGGUAAUGUGCAAACCCAUGUGGAGGGACUGUGUAGUCCCAUGUGGUGACACUAUGUUGUGGUACCGUAUGGUCUCAUGAUGUGGUUCAAGGUACGGUAGUUCCAUGUGAUGGUACUAUGUAGGUUCUAUAUAGUGGAGUCAUCAUCCCUACUGAUGCCACUGAUGUGUAUUGUAUAAAUGCAUUUAACUUUAUAAUUCACUAACAUUUUAUUCCCCCAAGAGACAGCUAAUUAGCUUACAGUCCUCAAUUGCACUAAAUUUGUUGAGCUGAAUAUUCUGUAAGUGGUUGUUUUAGUACGAGCCUCUAUCACGCUACUGAGGACAACAUCUACGAACUAGCUAUAGGGCUAGUUAACAGGGUCUUGUGUUUAACAUCAGCAGCUGUUGUGUUUCGAUUCUCAAGAAUAGACCUCAAGGCCACUUAAGAACUAAUGGGGAUGUAUGUUUCCAAACUCGUAUUUCGCCAAAUUAAAGAGUGUUACCGUCCCCAAAAGUGCCACUAUCUCAAAAAGUGUCACCGUCCCAAAAAGUGCCACCGUCGCAAAAAGUGCCACCGUCCGGAAAAGUGCCACUAUCCGGAAAAGUGCCACCGUCCCAAAAAGUGCCACCGUCCCAAAAAGUGCCACCGUCCCAAAAAGUGCCACCGUCCCAAAAAGUGCCACCGUCCCAAAAAGUGCCACCGUCCCAAAAAGUGCCACCGUCCCAAAAAGUGCCACCGUCCCAAAAAGUGCCACCGUCCCAAAAAAUGCCACCGUCCCAAAAAGUGUCACCGUCCCAAAAAGUGCCACCGUCCCAAAAAGUGCCACCGUCC